UUGUACCAAGUUAAAAGGACUGUGAGUUCAUCAAAAGAUAGAGGCACCUUUUGGGUGACAGUAGGUUUUUAAAUUUUGGCUUCGCUACAGUCACAGAAUGUUUACUGCUUGAUUCUUCCAUGGAGGUAGAAUUCUACAUACAAUGCAACUUUUGCAAGUAUAUUGUUGCUGUCAGUAUUAUCUUUGUAAGGAAUACCAUGCUUGAAGGUCACCAGGUGUUGACAGUAGUUUCCAAUAGUAGACAAGGCUUUAGUGGUUAACAUGUCUUUGUCAUCAAAGAGAACCAGCCCUAUGACUGGUGUCCCCUCAGAGGACAGAAAUGGCAAAGCUGCAGAUCAUCCCCCAUCAAAAACAAAAUCAGCAUCGGCAUCAGCUGCCAGGAAAAAUGGAGGUGGGAGCCUUGCAAAUGGGAGCAUAGCUGAAAGUGAUUUGACUUCUGCCUCUUCAAUGCGAGAACGCAUCCCAUCAAUAGAGCAACGUAAGCAAGGUGCAGCUACUUCCUCCAAGUCAGCCAAAAGCAGAGCAGAGGCAUUAUUAUCCAGGAAGGUGACAGGGUCGGCUACUUCAGUGAGAACCCAGCCAGUGGUGACAUCCAAACCACCUACAAGCAAGGGUCCACGAAGAUCUACCUCAUCAGAUAAAAUGCAUACAGGGCCUGAAAAUGGCAUCUCAGGGCUGACCCAGGACCAAGGAGCAUCCAGGACUGGUGGGACACUACCUAAAAGGGAAGUCAGCUCUGCUAGCUCUUGCUCUAGCUCUGAAGGUGAUGACAAGGUACAUAAGGUCACCUCUCAGAAACAGCCUCCUAAGAGGUCAAGUCUAGCAGAGGAGAAUGGGAAAAAGGUAUGGGGAGGUGGACCAGGGAGUAAGAGCUCUUCAGCUUCUAAAUCAAAGACUCCCCCAAGUGUUAGGAGAAAGUCAUCCCCUCCAUCAUCAGAAAACAACUCAAGGUUUCAGCGGCAGUCAUCCCUAAGAUCCUCUAGAAAUGGAUCGUCUCAAGCUCAAGGUAGAAAACCAUCUUCAAGAACCCCAUCCAAUUCAUCACUAGAUAGUGGAUUGUCGCCUACAAAGCUUGCUGAAAACGAGAGUCGGAAACUGAGAAAUGGAGCUACAAAAAGCAGCAGCGAGGACUCCAUUAGUGACACUGAGCGUAAAACAAAAAGUGCACUUUCAAGGACUCCUUCUACAAAGAGAAAGGUUUGCAUGGAGAUUGUCUUGGAAAAGAAAGUUAUCAGUAAGUCAAGUGGGACUACAGUUGUGAAAACAGAGUCCGGCAUGGGUAAAUCUCCCUCCAAACACAGCCUGUCUUCCCCCACGGAUGAGAAUGCCACACGGACCAGUCCAACAAAGUCCAAAAGUGCAACCACACUGAAGCCAAGCAUUCUUGGAAUCCACACUGGUGCUAGGAUGAAGGUGCGAACCGCUUCCAGUGAUACAAACCAGAAACUUAACGGUACAAGUAUGGAUAGAUCUCGUGGUGUGAGUGCACCAGUUGUACGCAGGGCUGAUCACAAUUUGCCUGGUGUAUCACCUUAUGCUCCGGUGCGCGCCAAAUCUGGAACAGUACGGUCUAGUGAUCCCAAACCAAAUCUGAAAAGUCCAGACCGCAGUAGGGUUAUGUCUAAGGUGAUAAUGCCACAACGCUCCCGAACCAGAGCUCGAAGUAUGGAACCAGUGGGUAGGAGUGCCCCCGUUCCGAUGACAUUGGUAGAUUCCUCCUCUAAUCCUGAACCUGUCCCAGCUCCAGAAAACACAACAAACAACACCAACCCAAUCAUCCAUGCUCGCAGGAGUCAAAGUGUUGAGCGCAAGUCCAACAAGGAUAGCUUUGUUGCAUCACGCCGUCAAGCUUGGGAGGAUAAGGCGUCCCAAUCCCCAGCCAAGAAGGGACUGGUGUCCCCAGAGAAAAAGUUUCAGAGGUCAGGGGUUGGCCGAAGAUCAUUGAUCGAUGAGAGGAAAGCAAUGCUCUUUGGAGGUUUUUCAAGUGCAAGGGGUCAAGUUAAGGACAGUGAGGCUGCUAAGAAGCCUGCCAUACCAGCCAAGCCGGAGGCAAUCACUUCCAAGCCUCCCCUAUCAAGAGGUGAUCGCAAAGCUUCAAUUGAAUUGCACAUCAGUGAAGAGUUACCAUCUGCCAAGACUGUGUCAUCAGUAGCCAAUCCCCCAGUGGACACAGUCAAGCCUGCCGUUCUGCAAGAGAACACACAGAAGAUACAGCCCAAUGCUAUCAACAUGUUGCCCAAUAAGCUGCAGUCAUCUACCGAUGAGGUUGACUCCACUAGGAGAUAUUCACCCAGCAAGGAGAAUGCGAUCAUCAAUGUAGCCAAUGACAAGAUCUACUCUCAGAAGACAUCCAUGGUAGACAACCAGGAGUAUGGGGAUGCCUUGGAGAAAUGGUCAAUGCUGAAGGAGAAUCAGACUAUUGGGGGGCUGGACAAGAAACGAGAUGAUAUCAGUCUUGACAACAAGGAAGCUGAGAGCCGUCGACAGGCCCUGCUAGAAUACAGCAACAGGGAGCUGGAGACAUCAAACUACAAGAAACAAAUCAUUGAGCCGGACCCAAUGCAAGACUGUCCUCCGGAGGUGAAAGAUGGUCAUUACUACCAGCGUAUUGUCAAUGAGGAGCAGGCUCGAAUAGAGUCACUGUGUACGCUAGCAAACAAAGACUCGGAGAAGGAACUAUCAGAAGAAGCUGGUGGUAAGCUUAGAGCUUCAAUUGGUAAAGCCUCCCUCCUCACAAACAAGAAAUUUAAGCAGUUCCGUGGACUCUGCGAACAGAACAUUAAUCCAGUGGAAGGAGAAGCCCUUUCUGUGACUAAUUUAGACCUGACUGGAUUCUGGGACAUGGUCUUGCUUCAAGUGGACGAUGUCAAUAGUAUGUUUGCUGAGAUCGAGGAGCUCAGGCAAAAUGGAUGGAGAACGCCAAAACAAUUACCGCAAAAAAUCAAGACAACUGGUAAGAAGCCUGGCCUGACUUCCCCACCCCCCUCACCGGGGAUCUACAAGUCCACAGCUCACCCUCUGCAUCCAGUGGAUCCCAAGGCCAAGGCAGAGAGGGAGAAGAAAGCAGUCAAAGCACGGCAAGCUAGGGAAGAGGCGCGGAGGAGGCUCAUGGCAGCUAAGAAGGCAGCUGCUAGGAAGAGAGUAAUGUCUGAAGAUGGCGAGCCACCGGUGCCGGUGGAGAUAUUCACACCAGAUAAGUCAUAAUUUGGGAGAUGAGUUCAGUAGUAAACCAUCAAUGAACACAAAUGGAUUUCACAUAGCUACAUGUAAUAGCUAUAACAAUUGAUGUUAUUAUAACUAAUGGUAAACCCAACCCCUUCAGCUGUUGAAGGGCUUAUUUGAAAUUUUGGAUUUAAAUAAAAGGUACAUGUACAUGUAAGUAGGCUCUUGAUCUACCAUUGUCACAGAAAACUGAGUCCUCUGAACCCACAAGUAUAAUGCCAUGUGUGGUAUGAUCUCGGUCUUAACUACGUAUGCAUGUAAUGAUACUAUUACUGCUACUGAUGGAUGCUAAUCCCCCAUUUCCACCAUGGGCCAAUACUCGGGUGCAUUCCUUUUCUGGAGAUGCUGUGGGAUUUGUGCAUGUGGUUCUGUGUACAUUCAGUUACAUGCACAUGAUCUACCUUCCUUUAUUUGCUCUUGGCACAGAGUCUGUGCUGGUAUUAAGAUGAUUUUAUUUGGAGUAACUGUACCUGCGUAGCUUCAUGAGUUUAGGCCUCAGUGUUCUCCAACCUGUAAAAAGGCUGUCAGCUGCCAGGCUUAGAAAGUGGCCACCAAGUUUAACAUUUUUAGACAUUUUGUGUCUUCACAACCCAAAAUACUAUACUCAAACAAAUUCGAUCACGUUCUCACGAUGUAAAUUAUUUUGGAGUUGAAAUAUGUUCAAUUUUUUUCUAAAUCACAAAGCGAAAACUUGCCGUGACAUCAUAUUGAUUCAUUAAUGUUCACUCUGGUGUUGAGUAUGAAUCGGGCCAUAAUGCCAUGCAAAAUAACCCCUUGUCAUGUUCUGCUUGUGGGCCUUGGUCUUAAGGAGCUGCAGGUGCCUUCACAAUCAUUUAUUGUAGCAGGGCCAUGCAGAAGAAGGCCAGGUACCACUCUCAAUCCAUGGUGAUUUCACAUACAUAGUUAAGGAGCUGUUGUAAAAGAUAACAAAGAGGAACACAUCAGAUACAAUCUCUUAUUAGUUUUCAAUUUACAGUGUAUACUCUUCAAGCUAUUCCUUAGUUUCACCCUCUCAAUUGCCAAUUUUCUUGCAAUACAAUGCAGAGUUGCAAAUGCCCAAAAAAGAAUCGAAAAAGGUUUCUUUGUAAAAGAAAAAUGGAAAAAAAAAAAAUUAAAAUUAAAAUUUACUGAAAUAAAAAAGUUCAAUUUGUCAAAUAGUGCGUAGAGAUUUUAUCUUUUAACCUGAAUGCAACACUGUCCUGUGGUUUUCUGACACAUUGCCCACUGUGUGAAUGAUAAGUUUUUCAGCCUCUUGCACUCCGUCGGUUUGAAAUGCAUAUUAACGACAUUUUUGUUUUAAUUUUGAUGAAAUUGGAUUGAAAGAUGGGAGUCAUAAUUCGGCUACUCAAUUUGUAAGGCAUAACAUGGCGGAAGUUUUGUACAUUUCACAAUGGGAGGCUAUCCUGCGUGACGUCACACUUUUGUUGUGUGUGGAAAAAAAGGAAAAAUAAGAUGUAUUUUACAUUACAGACUGUAGGAAAGCAGCCUAAACCCCCACCCAAUAACCCACUCCCUCCCCCCUCCCCCUCCUCACCCCGAUCCCCACUCCACCCCACCCCUAACCCCCUGUUUUUCAACUUUUUCAAUAUGUCAUCCCAUUGCCGACACCUAGCACCAAACUUAAAAUUUAAAAGUUGGAGAACACUGGGGUCUUGGAUUCUGAAUUUGCUACUCAGCUUUCAAAUCUUUCUGAUGGCAUGGCAAUCCCUGCCUGAUGCAACAAGCGUGUGUUCGUUAGUAUUUGUACCCUGUACUUUGGAUCUGUGGAGAAAACACAGCCAGUAUGUGAUCAGGCAAUGACAAUCUUUUCUGUAUAAGUUGUAUACCUUGUGGUGUGGAUGUAAAAGGGUGCAGGCGAGAUCAUAUCAGCUCCAUGCUGGAUUUAAAACUAGGAUAGAAAAGCCUAAAAGGCCUAAUAGCAUACAACUCAGGAGUUAUUGCAUCAUUUGGAUAAUUGAGCUUUGGUAGAACAAAUAUUGUAUACAUGUAUAUUUGAUGAUUAAGAUAUUUUACAGAAGAAUCAUAGAAGUAGCAGUGUAGUUGUACAUUUAUAGUAGUCUUGAAGGAGUACUGCAUGUUUCUAUUUUUCUCUGUCUGUAGAUUUAGUUUUGAGCAAAAAAAAACAUUUUUGUCUGAGAAAUAUUGUCUAAAGUUUAGAUACAGGAAAGUGACCCAGAAAAUGAUACACUUCUCUGUUCGUUUUUCUCUAAUGCUGUAAAAGCUUGCCAUAUUAAUAUAUUUCUUUUUAUGUGUCAGAUCAAUAGUAUUACAUUCACAUUUAUGCUUUGGGCCCAUUUACACUCAUGACUCAUACUGUACGGUAUUUGUGUGUACAUUGAACAUUAGGUUUUUGUACAGUUGAAAUUCGUCAUAUUGAAAUAUCUAGAUGGGUAUGACCUAUUCCUGAUGUAAAUCACUUUCAUUUUGUGUUUUCCUAUGUUUUUUAUGCCCAAAAAUUCAUUUUAUGUUUUGUGUUUUAGUUGUUAAGAAAUAGCAUUUUUGGUAAGGUUUGAAGGCCUCUUUUGUUCAAUUCUGUUGAAUUUUGAAGUCAUCAAAGUUUGUAUUAAUCUAGGCAUAAAGGAUCUUACAUUGUCUUACAUGUACAUGUACAUGUGCAUGUAUUGUACAAUAUUUGGUGUGUGAACUAAAGGAUUACAAAAAGAUACUGUAAAAAAUCUUUCUGCCGAUUUCCAAACCAUAUGUUCUUAUCUUGGAUAAUUUGAUUUUUUUUUAAUGUGAAGAUUUCCGUUGUGAGCCAAGUAUAUUUAUGACUUAAGUUCAUGAGAUUUAUAUUGGAUUGUGUUGACUAUUUAUUUGUUUGAAGUGCCUUAAGUUUGGGUUGAUGAAACAAGGAAGACUUUGAAAUAUAGUAAGUUAUACUGACAUAAAAGUUUCCAACUUAAAAGGACCCGUUUAUUUUGUUAAACUAUUUAGCUCAAACUCGCCUAAAUUGUACAUAUUGUUUGUCAUUCUCUCUCAUUCUUUUUUUGUACAGCAUUAGCUAGCAUUAAUUUAAUCAUCUUUAACACUUGCGACUGGUGGCUCAGCAUUUGGAAGGUUGCAUUAGGGAAACAUGAUGUUUUCCAUAAGUAAAUGCCAACAUUUCUUUUAUUUGAUAUACAUGUAUAGUUUGACAUAAAAUUUGUUUACACACUUGGUGUGAUCAAUCCAUAUACAACCAUUUAUUGGAGGUCUUUCUCCUUUAACAGCACUGGUGAAAAUUUUGAGCUAGAUGAGCCAGAUACAAAGUGAUAUGUGUAGUGGAAGUGUACAUUGCUCUGGUUCAAAAGCUCAUACAUUUAAGAGUAAGAUACCAUUUUUAUGGCUUGAUGCAUUUCACAGGGAGAUGUUAGUAUAAUUUUGAAUGCCCGAUUCCUCAACUGAACUUGAAUUACAGCUGGCCUGUCGUAGCAUUGAGGUGUUUAUUUUUUUGCAGAGUCCUAAAUAAUUAAGAAUCAGCCAGGACUUAAUCUCUAGGAUAUUGUAUUGUGGAAGGGGUAAUAGGAGUGAGAUGUAAAUAGUUACUCUGGGUAUGCUAUUGGGUAUACUUGUUGCUGUACUUAUGUUUGACUGAGGUGGAGUACUUGAUUUCUCAAAGGGCACUUAAGCUUGUGUAAGCUGCGUACAGCCAGGGCGUGGAAAACUUAAGGCACAAAAAGCUGGUGCACACUGGAAAACUAUCAGGAAGACUGUGCAUUGUACAUGUAAAACUAUGCCAUAUAGUGGAUACUGUUACUGGAUGACUGAUAUCUGUGGACCAUGGGGCUAUUGUUUUACACCAGGCUUGGUUUCAACUGUCUUGUGCCCUUAAGAAUCUUGCCCUACAUUGCAUCAGUCAUUUGAUCUUUUAUGUACUCCUGAUGUCACCCGCAACAUCCCAACACACAAGAAAUUACUGCAGGUAUUUUAGGGCACUUGCCCUGAGUAAUGUGUAAUAUGGCUAUUGUAAACCUCACAAUGGUUAUGUAUGAGUGAGUUACAAGUGCAAUGGCUGCCAACCUUUAUUUAUUAUACCCAUUUCAUCAGUAUUUUGUUGUACAAGGAAGUAAUCUGAUAUCUCGGAUAAGCACAGGCAAACAAUUUCCCAUUGGCUAUGUACAAAAAACAAUAUUGAAGUUGGCUACACAUGUGGAAUACAUCCUUGUAUGCUUUGUACCUAAACAAGUUAUUGGUUAGUUUGGUACCAAGAUACUCAGCCUUGCUAGUACUGCAGUUGAGUGAUAAUUGCACCAGACUCAGGUCCCUGCUCAUGUGAAUUAGAUGUUUAAUUACUGUGUGCAUACAUCCAUGCAGCAUUAGUAGUUGAAGAAACAAGGCAUUUGCAAAGUGAACUGUUGGCUAAAAACUGGUUUCCCCAAGAUCUGCUUGUAAAAAAAUUGCAAUAUGUAAGUGUGCACUGUAUGAGGUCUAAUAAAACAACAUUGAUAUGGUCUCGUUUGGAAAGUAGUACACAAUUCUAAGGGGCACACGCAUAUUAGCAUUGCUCCCAUCUGAAUAAAGCUAUGUCACUAUUUUGUGUACACAUUUUUGUCUGGUUCCAUGGGGCAAUAUAUGAUGUUUUCUAAAACGACACUAGUUACCAGACUAGGUUGGUGAUAUGUAUGACAGUAACAGUAAAAAAAAAAGCCUCAAGGACAAAACACAAUGUUGUGAUGUGUCAGUAUCUUUGGCAAAAGGGUUGUUUUGAAUCGUACAGAACUGUGUGUGUUUGUAGUAUAAAUGUACAUUGUAUUAAAGUAUGGAGGUCUGUAAAUGUGUAUCUAACCAGCCGUAUGUUGGAAAUAUGCUUGUAUAUUUGUUAUUUUUCUAUGUUUGGGUAUUCUGAAAUGAAAAACAAAUAGUUUUUGUUUGUUGGGGGGGGGGGGCGGGCUUGGGAUGUCCAAUGGAAAGUUUCUCUCAUUGCCCGGCCUGGUAAGCAGUCAUGUAUGCUGAUGUAUUUAAAUAAGUCUGAAGUGCAAAUAAGUACACAUGAUUUUGCUUCUUGUUGGCGGUGUUUUUAUCUGCAGCACAUAUCGUCAAUGGAUCAUAAUUAUUCAGCUAGUUCGAUGUUUAUUCAUAAGAAAAUUACAGUGACGUCACACCAGUGCUAUCACUCAGUCAUGCAUGUAUAUUAAAGCAUUUCAAAGGACGGCUUUCGUCGAGCUGCCAGAGUGGCCUAGUGGAUAAUGGAAUGAACUAUGGAUCACAAGAUCUGUGGUUCGAACCUAUGCCCGUUUUCAUCAAAUCUUUUUGUUGGUUGGGAUAGGUUUAAUUGAAGGGAAAACACUACGAGAACCUAAGUGUCUUCCAUCCAUACAGCGUGAUAAAUAUUCAUGUCAGGGUGCGUGAUGUGAUUGGUUAAAUACGAUGUAUGCUGCAAAAAAAAAAAAAUACGCUUCCCGUUCAUUGUGCAUACAACAUGAUUUUUAAGUGUCUGUUGAUCGACAGAGCAGGUACAAAACAUGUUGCAUCCAGGUUGUUGAUUCAGGUGAGAUCACCAUCAAGGUGUGUUGUUAAAAAACUAAAUCCAAGGGACACAAAACUUGCAGUAUGUGAUGUACAUGUAUAUAUGUAUGUGUAGUAAAUCAGGUCUGGUUAUACAGCAGCCCAGCAUUAUAUUGAAGGUAUUAAUUGUCACUUUACAGUGACCAAUAGGCAUCAAAGGUACUUGAUGAAUUGAUUAUAGUUUGAGAUGUUAUACACUAGAAACACCACUGUGCAGGAACUUGUAAUGUACCGGUACAGUUAAGAAGUUAUGGACAUGACUAUUUUUUUUUAUUUUGUAGGUGAAUUUCUCUUUCAUUUCGUGCAUUUUGGUACAGUACAAAAGGCGCUUAGUGUAACAGCACAUGUACAUUCAAAUUAGGGUGAUGUAUAUAUAGCAUACUAAUUGAAAGUCAGUCAUAUGGAUGAGAAUGUGCAGCAGAUUGAAGUACUUGCUUCAUUCCCCAAACCAUCCAGUAUCAGUUGAAGUCCUGGAAGUAUGUCUUGUGAACAGUCUUCAAACUGAUGUUUGAAAUUGAUCACAUGCAACUGAUCUGCCCCCAUUCCUUCUCAAGUACCAAAUGAUACUAUGGACCAAUUAGAUGAACACUCUUGUUUUGGUUAAUGCAGUAUACAUCCAAAGAGUGUGCAAUUUAGGCAUAAAUGGUACCCAAUAAGAAGUGAUCCCUGGAGCAGUGUUUUAAGAUGAGGAACCAGACCAAAAUGGCUGCAGUAGGUCAGAAAAGAGCACCAGUACUUGCUUUGGGUCUUUGUCAAGAAUUGCGUGCGUGGAAUCCCAGAUUUUCAUCUUAUUUAUUGUUAAUGAUUAAUGUACAUGUUGCACUCAGAUUUUCUCAAAAAUACCAUGUAUGUACAAAAGUACAUGUAUGCUGCAUCCAAUAAGAUAUAUUUUUAAGCGAUUUUUUGCCAAUUAAUGGUGUAUUAUAAGUGCAAGUUGUUUACAGUACAUGUAAUAUAUCAGGUUUUGCCACAUGUUCAUGCUUGUGUCAUUGCUUUGGUUUGCACUUCCACAUACGAGUAGGUUUUCAUGGAGCGAGGUUUAACACGCCUUAUUGUCAGUGUUACAUGGUUUUAAUUUUUAAAAGUGGGGAGACAGUGAAGCAUUUUAAGAGACAUUUUUGCUAUGUCUUUCAUUGUAUAUCUUGGGAUGCUUUUGCAAUUAAAAAUAUUUUUACAUCUUAAUGCAAGUAGGUCGGAAUGACAAAAAUGCUCUGCAGAAUGUUUAUGGGGUUAAGAAUUUCCAAGUGAUUUUAUAAAUAGAAUGAAUUGAUCGCCUACGUCUGAUAAAAUCUCAUCAAUGGAAUGGCUAAUGGAAAGAAAAACAGAUACAGACAACUUUACCAGGCUAUGUUAUUUGUGUUUAUAAGGGAUAUUUAUAAAUGCAUUCCUUCGGUGGUUAUUUGUGAACUACAUGUAACUGAUAUUUUAAUUUGCUUUGUGGGAAAUCAUGCCAAGUUUGAGGAGUCCUAAUGACCUCCAUUAUUUAAGAAUAACUGUUCAUUCCCUAAAACCAGCAUUUUUUUACUGUACUAAAUAUGAGCAUUUUCCUGUCAUUAGUGUGCUAGAAAAAUCCCUGAAAUUUCAACUAUAGUAGUUUAAAAUUAUUUAGACUAUUUCAAGGCAGGUGUACCAAUUUAAGGAAAUCUUGGGGUUUUUUUUACUUUGCAUGUGUCCUCCUGUAGAUUGUAAAAAAAAGGAGCAAAUAUUAAUAGUCGCAUGGUAAUAUUAUGAAAUAAAUAUAAGCGAUGCAAACA